AUGCUGCCACUACUUCUGAAAUAUGGAUUGAAUGUUGAUUUUGCGCUACGCCCUGCGAUAUUUGACGGAAAUUACGCUCAAGUGCAAAUUCUGCUGGAAAAUGGAGCAGAUAUCAAUGCAAUUGGUCGUUUUAAUAACACUCCACUUCACGAAGCAGUCUCUGGGGGUCUUGAGAAUAUUGUGAAACUGCUUCUAGACCAUGGAGCAGAUAUCAAUGCAAUUGGUAAUUUUAAUAACCCUCCACUUCAUGAAGCAGUCUCUGGUGGUCAUGAGGCUAUUGUGAAACUAUUUCUAGACCAUGGAGCAGGUAUCAAUGCAAAUGGUAAUUUUAAUGACACUCCACUUCAUGAAGCAGUCUCUGGGGGUCUUGAGCAUAUUGUGAAACUGCUUCUAGACCAUGGAGCAGAUAUCAAUGCACAGAAUAUGCGUAGCCAAACCCCUCUUCACAAAGCAGCCUCUGGUGGUCAUGAGGCUAUUGCAAAACUGCUGCUGGAAAAUGGAGCAGAUAUCAAUGCACAGAAUAUGCGUAGCCAAACCCCUCUUCACAAAGCAGCCUCUGGUGGUCAUGAGGCUAUUGCAAAACUGCUGCUGGAAAAUGGAGCAGAUAUCAAUGCACAGAACAUACGUAGCAAAACCCCUCUUCAUGACGCAGCCUCUGGUGGUCAUGAGGCUAUUGUGAAACUAUUUCUAGACCAUGGAGCAGAUAUCAAAACACAAGGCGGGAUGGCUCUCUGGUUGGCAGCGGUAGAAGGCAAUGAGGGCUGCGAAGAUAUCGUGAAACUGCUUCUGGAUCAUGGUGCAGAUGUCAACAAAGAAUGCUUUGGUGGGGCUCCACUUAUCAAAGCUGUAUCAAAGGGCUGCGAAGAUAUCGUGAAACUGCUUCUGGAUCAUGGUGCAGAUGUCAAUAGAGGUAAUUGGAAUGGGACUCCACUUCAGCAGGCAGCAUCAUGUAACCACGAAGUUAUCUGGAGACUCCUCUUCAACUAUGGCGCAAAUGUCAACACUACGAGUGGGUAG